UUAUUUUCAGUUUAUGUGGUCUUAUGUAGUAUCAUUUCUCGUGAUAAAUAAAUAUGGCCUCUUCUAUCUUUGCAACCUUGUAUCCCUCUUCAUCACCUUUUUUGCUGGACUCUUUGCUGUCAGCUGGUUCUUUGGUGCCGAGGUCAAAAGAAAGAUUCUCUACAGAUAUAAGGCUCUCUUAUUGAAACCUCCCUCAAAUGGUCUGUCAGCUGUUUUGGAAAAGCUAGUAAAACUCAGAUUAACAUGGAAGUUGGAUAAGCGCCUAUCAGGUGCUACCAUAAUAGAUGAACCCUUCAAUGAAGUACUGGAUUUGUUUAUGAGGGAUUUUGUUGAUGAAUGGUAUAAAGGUAUCAGCAAGGAUGAAGAGUUUAAGUUUGAAGUUCGUAAAACUAUACAGUCAGUUGUGGUUAACCUCUCUGCAAAGCUCAGAGAUGUUGACUUCAUUGCCCUCUCCACCGGACCCUUUCUCACUGAUAUGACAUCACAUUUGCGGAUAUUCAAAAAGACACAAGAGCGGUUACGAGUGUUUACUAAUUACUCAGCACAGGACGAGAUAAGAGUUUUCUUUGAAUUGGAGAGUCAGUUUGGUGUUAUUUGUACUGACAAAGAGGCUGAGGAGGUCUACGUCAGGAAUUUAGUGGAUAUUCUCCUGUACCUAUUACUACCCAAGCAGAGUUUCCAGUGUUAUCCUAUGAGAGUCCUGAUCAGAGAGCUAGUUACUACCUGCUGCUUCAUACCCACCAUGGAUUCAAUCGUAGAGCCAGACUAUGUGAACCAGUGUUUCAUGGCGUGGCUAAAAGACGACUGCUUAACAUCGGAGUCCUUCCUGGGUGCAAUACACUGCUGCACUAGUCCUACUGAACUGGACCAUUUGGAGGACAGGUUACAAAAGGACAUUUCACGGCUACGAGCGAUGGACGGUGGGAAUAUAACAAACUGGAGACAACAGCUGGACAGCUUGAUGUAUACUCUUCGUCAAGUCAGCAUCAGAUAUCAGAACGUGUUUGAACCCGGAUCUGACCCAGACAGCACAAUGCACAGUACCCAUAACGACGCAACCCAACCCUUCCCCACCAACAAACCCUGUCCAAACAUACCCCUCAACUUCAUCCUGGGUAACAGCAUUUCUCUCAAGUAUUUCAUUGACUUUAUGAACCACAUCAAGGCUGAGAAAUUCCUCUACAUGUGGCUUUCUGUCGACUGUUUCAGAGAUGAGCUGAAGAGCAGAGUAGACAUGGCGGCUGCUGAUGGAAGGAUUAUCAGUGACGCGGAGGAGAACAUGUUCAGAAAGGAAGCGAAGAGGAUCUACCUUGAAGGACUCUCAGAGGAUGCACCUAACAGGAUCAACGACAUCGACAGUAGAGUGGUAGCUAGACUAGAAACUGCCAUAACCUCCCUUCCAAUCACUCCUUUCUUGUUCGACGAGGUACAAGAGGGAAUAUACAACAUACUGAACAAGGAUAAGAAGUACUACAACACUUUUAGAAAGAGCAUGCUGUACUACCGGUGCCUUACUGAACUCGACUUAAAUCAGGACCAACUAGACGAAAUGUCUCCAGAAGAGCCGUGUAGUUCAUCAGCCUUUAAACCCGUGGCUAUCUCACCUAACGGCAGAUUCAGUGCAGACAUUCCACACGUCUCAAUGGUGGGCAAAGACAAGCAAGACGCAUUGUACGGAGUAGUGCUUAAGUACCGUGGGGAUCACGGCGAGGAGAAACAGUGGAUAGUUCCUAAAACAUUUGAGGAAAUAAAGAAGUUUCAGACACGGAUAUCAGACCAAUUACCUUCCAUUAAUCUUCCUAAAUCUUCCAUCUUCAGUGGACUUGAUAAGGAUUAUAUCUCUAAUAGAAAGGACGCACUUAACGGAUACCUUAAAGGUUUAUUUGACGACGCAACGCUCCAAAGUCCAGAAGUAUUAGAGCAAGUAAUGGAGUUCAUCAGCUCGGGAAGUAGCAACGCUUCAGACAUUACACCUGAACCAACAGAGGAUCUUGAUGAGAGCUUACAGUUCGAUGCAAAUAGUUCACUAGAUGACGAAGAGAAUAUUCCCUUAAAAGUUCUGAUCUUGCUCACGGAUGAGGUGUUCGAUAUGAAAAACAGGAACCAGUGGUUCAGGACACGAAUGGUGACUUUCCUUCGGCAGAUCGUAAGAGCGACAUUUGGCGGGAAGAUUAACCUAAAGAUACAGGAGUACGUGGAGUGGCUGACUUCUCCGGAGUAUAUCAGUGAAAUGAUCACUCUCUUCAAGGACUCGUUCUGGCCGGAGGGUAAGUGGGCUGACCCGGGUCCAGUACGACCACCAUCAUCUGUCAGUCUGACAAAGUUCAUGGGACAUACCAAGUUACAGGGUAUGAUUAGUGAUGAACUGAAGAACAUUAUCGGCAAGGAGACUGUCAGAGAAGGUGUCGACUUGGUGUUCAGAAUGUUCCAGGCAAAAGAAAUGAACCGACUGCUGUUCUACAAGAUGUUUGAAACUUUCAUUGAAGCUGUGUUUCCCGACAACAAGAUAAGAGCGACAUUAUCGUUAUUAAGACACAAUAUUAACACUAAAGCUAUUAUUAGGAGGCAUAGCGUAUUGAAAUAAUUAUCGUUAUUAAGACAUAAUAUUAACACUAAAGCUAUUAUUUGGAGGCAUAGCGUAUUGAAAUAAACUGUUUAAUUUAAUUGGUUAUAUUAUAUUGAUUAUCCCGCGUUGUUUGAUCUUUUUCUAUCCUAAGUUAACCUGUCCUAUCUAACCCUUUACAAUAUCUCUUUUUAUGAGCUAAGAA